AUGGCCACAGUAGUCGACGCUGAGCCUAUCCAUGGCGGAGGUCCAAUUCCAGAGUACGACAGAAGGGUUGCAGCGGGAAGGUUACGGAAUGACGAACACCAAAGAGGGAUUAUUCAAAACUUCCAAAACCUGUAUCAUGAAUUGGAACAAUAUGACGCCCCUCCUGUCGAGCAUCCCACUAUAGAAUCCCUCAAGCCCCCCAAGAAAUCCAUAUUCUCGUCCCUCUUUGGCUCGAGUGGCAAGAAAUCCGCCAUUGGGUCGAUUUCUAGCGACCUCCCUAAAGGCUUGUAUCUUCAUGGCGACGUUGGCUGCGGCAAGACCAUGUUGAUGGACCUCUUAUACGACACUUUGCCCCCGUCCGUCAAAUCAAAGAGUCGCAUCCAUUUCAACAACUUCAUGCAAGAUGUACACAAACGACUGCACAAGUUUAAGAUGGAGCAUGGAAAUGAUAUCGAUGGCGUGCCCUAUGUCGCAGCCGAUAUUGCUCAACAGGGAAAUGUCCUCUGCUUCGAUGAGUUUCAAUGCACUGAUGUCGCGGAUGCCAUGAUUUUGAGAAGAUUACUUGAGUCUCUCAUGGCAAACGGUGUAGUGCUCGUGACGACGUCCAACAGACGUCCCGACGAACUGUACAAGAACGGUGUUCAACGAGAGUCUUUUAUCCCUGCCAUCGAACUUCUCAAAAACCGCCUGCAUGUUAUCAACCUAGAUUCUCCCACAGACUACCGAAAGAUUCCCCGGCCGCCAUCUGAUGUAUACCACACGUCGCUCGACAGCCACGCCCAAGCACACGCCGAGAAAUGGUUCCGAUUCCUCGGCGACCCCGAGCAGCCAGAGCCUCGACCCGAGAUCCAGAAAGUAUGGGGCCGCGAAAUUUAUGUUCCCCGAGUCAGUGGCCGUGCAGCAUGGUUCACCUUUGACGAGCUGAUCCGACAACCAAAGUCCGCUGCUGACUUCAUCGAACUUGUCCGCUCUUACGAGGCAUUCAUCGUCACUGAUAUCCCUGGCAUGACUCACCAGCAACGAGAUCUUGCGCGUCGAUUCAUCACAUUUAUCGACGUUGUAUACGAGGGCAAUGCCAAGCUUGUCUUGACGACUGAAAAGCCUCUGUCUGAGCUAUUCGUUUCUCGCGACGAGAUUGCCGAAAGCUUGAUGAAGCAAGGUGUGAAGGGCGCUGACGCCGAGAAAGCUGCCGAUAGUCAUGACUUGGUGCGCAACGUCGAAAAACUCAAGGAUUCAAAUCUUUUUGCCGGUACAGAGGAAGCUUUUGCAUUCGCUCGAGCUCUCAGUCGACUGCGGCACAUGGAGAGUAAGGAAUGGGUUGAGAGAGGGAUGGGUCUUGAGGCUCGGGGUGGACAGCCAGAUAAGGAUAAUUGGAUCAAGGCCAGAAGUAAGCAGAUGGAGGACUCCAUGUGA